AUGCACACCAAUGCCCAGCCAGGAAUCAACAUUGAUGUAGCUGCUGACCUCAAAGCUAAUUUUGCAUGGGCACCACUCACACCUCAAACUCAGAACGUUGAUGAUGAUCUUGCAGGUCCUGAAUCCAUAUCACUUGACGAGAUCAACACUGCAUUUGCGCUACUGGAACACGACGCCAUGGAACAAGAGCUGCAUGUUGACCAAGGUCUUGCACCAAAAUCUGUUGACAACAAGAUCAUAUUAGUUGAUCACACCUCACACAACGAUGGACAGUGGGAUGUGGACGUGCUGAUGUCUUCCAAUGUAAUGUUACAAGAACAUCUAGACGCUUGGGCCCCUACUAUUUUUCUCCUUAUCCUCCUCGUCUCCGCCCUUGCAUCACACCCUUACCCUGACCUUGCUCUUGUUAUCCUCGUCAUCCUCGCAUUCCCCUUCACCCUCUACCUGUCACUCCAGCAGAGCCAGUAUAUUUGGCCAGACCCUUUCUCUGAUGAAGCAUACCCAUGCUCUGUUCCAUCUGUUGACUGA